AGCUCAGUCCUACCACUCUCUUCUAAACCCACCCGACUACGUUCCAAGACCUUCCUCCGAGUCUUGCUUGCUCAUCGUUGUAUCUGCAGACGCUGACACGAGCAACAGGCAGCUGUUAUCUUUCAGCCGAGUCUGUCACCUUUCUCUUCUACCAACCACUGCGAGCUCUCGUACCCCUCCGAAUCCCUCGCACUACCCACCGCAUAGACCACAAUGGCUGACACGUCUCAGCCCCAGAAUCCGCCAAAGCCUGAGGUCACCAAGGGCGAAGAUGACCCUGCCACUGCCAUUCUGCGACCGAAGAAGUCCCCCAACCGUCUCUUUGUAGAGGAGUCUACCACAGAUGACAACUCCGUGGCUUGCCUUUCGCCUGCCAAGAUGGAGGAGCUGGGCCUCUUCCGAGGUGACACAGUGCUGAUCCGUGGAAAGAAGCGCCGCGACACUGUCCUCAUCUGCCUAACCGAUGACACCACCGAGGAGUCUAAGAUCCGCCUGAACCGAGUCGCCCGAAACAACCUGCGUGUCAAGCUCGGAGACAUGAUCACUGUCCACGCCUGCCACGACAUCAAGUACGGAAAGCGUAUCCACGUCCUCCCCUUCGAUGACAGUGUCGAGGGUCUGACUGGCAACAUCUUCGAUGUCUACCUCAAGCCCUACUUCCUCGAGGCAUACCGACCAGUGCGAAAGGGUGACACUUUCACCGUCCGCGGUGGUAUGCGUGCGGUCGAGUUUAAGGUCAUCGAGACCGACCCUGCUGAGUUCUGCAUUGUUGCCCAGGAUACCGUCAUCCACACCGAGGGCGACCCGGUCAAGCGCGAGGAUGAGGAGGCCAACCUGGCUGAUGUCGGAUACGAUGACAUUGGUGGUUGCCGAAAGCAGAUGGCCCAGAUUCGUGAGAUGGUCGAGCUGCCUCUCCGACACCCGCAACUCUUCAAGGCAAUUGGUAUUAAGCCGCCACGUGGAGUGCUCAUGUUCGGACCUCCCGGUACUGGAAAGACUUUGAUGGCCAGGGCAGUGGCGAACGAGACUGGAGCCUUCUUCUUCCUCAUCAACGGACCGGAGAUCAUGAGUAAGAUGGCUGGAGAGUCUGAAUCAAAUUUGCGCAAGGCCUUCGAGGAAGCAGAAAAGAACUCGCCUGCCAUCAUCUUCAUCGACGAGAUCGACUCGAUCGCACCCAAGCGUGACAAGACAAAUGGAGAAGUCGAGCGCCGAGUCGUCUCUCAGCUUCUCACUUUGAUGGACGGUCUCAAGGCUCGCUCCAACAUCGUCGUCAUGGCUGCUACCAACCGACCCAACUCGAUCGACCCAGCUCUCCGUCGCUUUGGUCGAUUUGACCGUGAAGUUGACAUUGGUAUUCCUGACCCGACUGGACGACUCGAGAUCUUGCGUAUUCACACCAAGAACAUGAAGCUGGGAGAGGACGUCGAUCUGGAGCAGAUCGCAUCGGAGACUCACGGAUACGUCGGUUCCGAUAUGGCUGCUCUGUGUUCGGAGGCUGCGAUGCAGCAAAUUCGUGAGAAGAUGGAUCUCAUUGACUUGGACGAGGACACAAUCGAUGCCGAGGUCCUUGACUCGCUGGGCGUUACAAUGGAGAACUUCCGCUUCGCUCUCGGUGUUUCCAACCCCUCUGCUCUCAGAGAGACUGCCGUCGAGGUGCCCACAGUCACCUGGAACGACAUCGGAGGUCUGGAGAAGGUCAAGCAGGAGCUGCAGGAGACUGUCUCGUACCCCGUCGAGCACCCAGAGCUCUUCCUCAAGUACGGUAUGGCUCCAUCAAAGGGUGUCCUCUUCUACGGACCUCCUGGUACCGGUAAAACGCUCCUGGCCAAGGCUAUCGCCAACGAAUGCCAAGCCAACUUCAUCUCCAUCAAGGGACCCGAGCUGCUCACGAUGUGGUUCGGAGAGUCGGAAGCCAACGUUCGAGACGUCUUCGACAAGGCUAGGGCUGCCGCUCCUUGCGUGAUGUUCUUCGAUGAGCUGGACGCCAUUGCCAAGUCGCGAGGUGGAGGCGGUGGAGACGCCGGUGGUGCAUCGGAGCGAGUUGUCAAUGCUCUCCUGACGGAGAUGGACGGUAUGAACGCCAAGAAGAACGUCUUCAUCAUCGGAGCCACCAACAGGCCCGACAUCAUCGACCCUGCCCUCAUGAGGCCGGGACGUCUGGAUCAGCUUCUAUACAUUCCUCUGCCCGACGAGCUGGGCCGACUAUCCAUCCUCAAGGCUCAGCUGAGGCAAUCGCCUCUUGCUCCUGGAGUCAACCUGGAGUACCUCGCAAAGCACCUCAACGGUUUCUCCGGUGCCGACAUCAGCGAAAUUUGUCAGCGAGCUGCCAAGCUAGCUAUCCGUGAGAGUAUCGCAAAGGAGGCCGAGCGCACCAUCGCCUCAAAGGAGAAGGAGGCUGCCGCUGGUGGUGGUGGAGACGUGAAGAUGGAGGGCGAUGCUGAGCCGACAAAGGUCGAGUCCGAGGAGGACUAUGUCGACCCCGUGCCCUUCAUCACUGUCGAGCACUUCGAGGAGGCAAUGAAGUUCGCCCGUCGCUCCGUCUCCGACUCGGACAUUCGUCGCUACGAGAUGUUCGCCCAGAACCUUCAGCAGUCGAGAGGCUUCGGCUCCUUCAAGUUCCCUGACCAGGAGGGAGGCGGAGAGGCCGGAUCUGGUGGCGCAGCUGGAGGUGGCGGUGGUGCUGCCUUUGGAGCAGAAGAGGACGAUGACCUGUACGCUUAG